GUCGAGACGUGUUAGGCGUAGUGACGACAUACGCAGCUGCGCACGAAACGGCCUGCUAUGCUUGCUAGGGUCUUUUUCUGUUAUACAGGGUUAGCAGUUGCAAUGUUUUAAUUAUCUGUUUGUGGGAGCGAAGUUUGUAGUUUUCAACGCUUUUUCUCCAUGUUGUUGAUUUAGUCAUUUGAAGUUGUAUAUUAAUGGAGUAGGUAGUGUUUAGGUUAGUGUGAGUCACGUAUUAGUACUUAUCAGUUUCAGUCCCGGUAGAACGUAGUAGGCCUGGCUUUUUUGCCGCUCUAUUUCAGCGUUUUUUCUUUACUGUUGUCUGGCUACUGACGAUCACUUGGACUGUAAAAGGAGGAAAUGAGCUCCACGUUGGGAGCAGAUGAACAGGCACAGAUAGUAUCCCGACUGCCUGACGGAGACCAGAAUGGAGCUUCUGAUGAAAAAAUGAAUGGCAAGAAGUUUAAUGAAUGUGUGGGCUCUUGCCAAGAGGUUCCAGGAAAAGAAGACUUGAAGGAAACUGAGACAAAAGAAGAGGCAGAAUUAACAGUGGUGAAAGAGGGGAAGGAGGUAGAUGGUCAAGAGAAUGGAGACGCCACGGAGGUUAAAGUGAGCAAUGAGAAAGCAGCAGUUCAGGCGAAGGAGAAUGUAGAAAUGGAGGUGAAGCCAACUGCUGCAGAACUAAUGGAAGAAAGGGAGGUGAAGCAGGCUGCUGCAGAACUGAUGGAGGAAAAGGAAGAGGUGGAGGUGAUGCAGACUGCUGUGGAACCAGAGGGGGACAAUGAGGUGAAAGGUACUGUGGAAGCAGAGGAGAUGCUUGAAGAUACCAACAAAGAUGAGGGGAAAGAUGUAGAAGAGAUGAAAGAUGUAGAAGAGAUGACUGUGGAUGAGAAGGAAGUACUUGAUGAAGUGGCUGAGGGAGAAAUGGAGGAAGAGGAUGAUGAAGAGGAUGCCGAACUUCAAAGCUGGUGAGUCUGAGCAUUGGUGUAGCAGUUAAG